GCCGCCAAAUAGAAAAUAUAAUCCGAGAAAGAAAAAAAAAAGUCAUAAACCCUAACACCAUGAAGAGAGGAAGACAAGAGAAGAAGACCUCAUCAUCACGAUCUCGAAAACUACGCCAGCAUGACAGCGAAAUCUCCGACAGAGAAGAUUAAAACGGUGUCCAUAUCCCUUUCGAUGUAUUAACCGAUAUACUCUCGAAGCUCCCUGUGAAGUCACUUGUAAAAUAUGACAAAUGGAGCAGCUCCUGUGAUGGAUUGUUUGGGUAUGAUCCAGCUGAAAAACAAGUAUUUACAUUGCUGGGAGGUCCAAUGAAGCGGGGGUGGAGAGGCCUUGACAUCCAAGGAAUUUGGAAUCGGUCUCCAGAAGCAAGGAGUACUGGUGUAUGCCUGAAUGAGUUUAUCUAUUACAUAGCAGCACAUGUAGAAGAAAGGAACAAUGGUGAUGACCCGGAGUUGUAUGAAUUAGUGAGGUUCGACCUUAGACUCGAAAGGUUUGAUCAUAUCCAGAUGCCCAUAAAUGUGCAGAUGAAUCAUCAGCUCAAUGAAGUGAGUUACGAUGAAUUGACUUUGGUAAAGUACCAAGGGAAAUUAGGAUGCAUACGUUACAACAAAGAUGUGUUAUGA